AUGUGCCUCAUCGACGGGGUGCAAGGCGAGGCGGUCCUGGGCUCCGACUUCUGCGCCGCGCAUGGAGCGACGGCGGCGUCCUCAGCUACGACAGCUCCGGCCGCCGCGGCGGUGAACAUGCAUGUCGACCAGAGCACUGGCGCCACGCAGGAUGUGGCGGACCUCCAGAUGAACGGCACCGAGAACCCUGGGGUGACGCAGGCGUUGGCCGAGAUCGAUGCCAUCGAGGUGGACGAGGAGACCAUCGUGAGGAGUGCGGCGGCCGCGCAUGCUGCGGGCUCCGCUGCAGCGGCGGCGCCGCCGGCCCCAGUGCCGGCGGCGGCGCCAGCGGACGCAGUGGGACCGCCGGGACUCGAGGGCCGCUCGCCGCGCGAGAUCCUCUUGCAGAACUGGGUGGACAACGAGGUCUUGCACCAUUUCGAGCUGGUGCACUCCUCCCUACCCGCGUCGGACGCGCACGGCCCGCAGUCGAUCCCCGUCAAGCUCCCCCAGGACUACUCCGAACUCGUGUCCAUCUUGACUCGGCUGGGCUACAACGUGUCGGUGAUCUCCCUGUCCUCCGCGCAGGGCUGGCUUCAGGACGACGCCGCGAAGGCUCGAACCCUCCUGGACGCGUUCAUCGCUGCGGCGCCCAGGUGCGAGGAGGCACUCCCCAUGAUCUUCAAGGAGCGGUGGAAGAUUAAGCCUGACCGCCUGUGUCUCUAUCGGGAGCUCGGGCUGGAGGGGAACGAGGAGCUAUGGGGCCGCCUGGCGGACAGGGUCCCCGUGUUGUGGACCCCCGAGGACAAGAACGCGCAAACCCGCCUCCGCUCUUCCCUCCUGCGGCGCGUGGCUGAUCAGCCUCGCCCCGUCACAGUGAUCAUGAUCUCCACGAUCCCGCUGACGACGGGCCUCAACAACAUCACCAACAUCACCGACAUCUGCUCAUUCCCAUUGCUGUCCGAACGGUGGGUUCCCCUCGUCAAGGACGCAGAUUUCAUCCCCUUCCCUUUCGAGCACCACGGACUGAGUACGUUCUCGCUGCGGCUGAACAACGGCAGGUGCCUCCCCCGCGUGGUCAACAUGACCCCGCCCUUCCAGGCCGACGCGGCCCGCGCCGUGACCUUCGACAUGCUGGUCGACGACCUCCAGGGGCUCAUUGCGCUCCUCUCGCACCCGCUGAUGGUCGGUGCCACGCCCCGGGCACAUCGCAAGAGCCACCUCAGCAUCCAGGGGGUGCCGCGCUUAGCCUUGGACGUUAUCUUCCCCGGCCAUCUCAUUCACUUCGACCUCCUCGCCACCCUGCGCGAGCUCCGCCGCUCCCAUCUUCCAUCUACGACGUUCUUUGGCCUCAAGGAUUUGGCAGCUGACGUGGACACCUUCAUCCUGGAGUGCAAUGGGCCAGGGGCUUUCCACCAUUACUGGGCGCUGUGUUUCCAGAUGUCCGCGCUCAGCGCGACGAG